AUGUCCCUAGACAAAGAUAAGAAGUCCGGAAGCUUGUUUGGAAAUAGGCUUUCGUCUAUACUAAAUAAACACGGUGGACAUGGCACGAAUCCUGCGGCUCCUAACCAUAUCUCUCCCGCGACAGGGAAGUCUCACAGAGCCAGCAGUUCUCUGCCUAAACCUGUCGCUAGCGUAUCUAGAUCCAGCCCUGGGAAAAGUGCACAUAGCGAGAGCCGAAGCGAAGUUAGCGACGCUCAUCGUACGAUGGUAAUGCCAAGGGUUGAGAGUGCGGAACCGGCUGCGAGAACUGGCGGAGGCUUCAAGAAACAGAAUAGCUACAACAUCAAUACAGUCAACACAAUGAACAAUGAAAUAUAUAAUUACAGAGACGAAGAUGGUCCCAAGUGUCCUACAAAGCGACAAUUCAGCAAUCAAUACGACCACGACAGUCUCCAUCCAUUUAGCCCUGGCACACCUCUGAAACAAGUCCUCACUACAGAGCAUUCCGCGCACGGCGGUGCGGCUCAAGUUGUCGCUACCGGCACAAAUAUCAAUAGGCCAGAAACAAAUAUCGAUACCAAAGACUACUUUUCUUCACUAACUUCAGGCCAACAACUGACACAACUCGCUGUAGAUCUAACAAUGAGUGGCAGUCUCACGCUGCCCCACGGCGUUACCCGUAAUUCAACGAAACUUCACCGAAAACCCCCGCCUUCGCUUUCUUUUGAUGAGACCAGUGAACUAGAUGAGUUGUACUUUGGCACUAAACCGCAGACCAACGCUACAAUUGAAACCAAUGAAGUCACAAGACAGACGGACGUGCUGCCCCCAGUUCCAGAACACAAAAUCUCUGAUUCUAGCUCUCCUAGCGACCAAUCUCACAAAGGCAUAGACGACUUGAUCGACAAUCUUGAAGAUGAGAUUGACAACUUUCUCAGCUUGGAAAAGAACAAUUCCAGCAAAAAUAAAGGCAGUAACAUAAACAGGGAUACCACCAGAGACAACGAAAUCAAAAGAAGUGGCGAUAUUAAUGGCGGCAGUAGCUCCAGCAGCAUUGCUCAUGACGAUUUUCAGUAUCUGACAGAUAAUGCAAGUUCUGCCAGCAUAGUACACCAGCUUCGUAUCGCGCGAUCUCCUCCUUUAAUGGCACUUUCUAGCUUCACUACAGGUUCGUCUAAUGAACCAAACGAACACACCGAGCCUUUUGCGAGCGAGUCUGCUUAUACUGACUUUGAAGCCAUUCUGCCAUACAAAAUUAACAAGCUGGUAUCUCCAGGAUACUCUUCAGACCCUCCAUACCCAGUAGAAGCAUCACCAAAUACAUCAUCAGCUAACGACUCAUUCGAGCACGCUCCCAGCAUUGUAAACAAUAAUGUUCUCGUCGAUAAUCUCGAUUUUUCACUGCAAGAGUUUGCAAAUGACAUUCUGCCAGAACCUCACCAUUCCGCUGAGUAUUCCCUCAGUUCAAGUCCGGCCUCGGGAAACAUCUUGGAAGCAGCCAUAACUGCCGGACUGACUCCAAGUCUAGACUCGGAUGGACCAGCCAUAUCAACUCCACAGAGAAGAUCUCAUUCUUCAGGUAUAGCGCCUGUCUCUACGAACUCUAGUAAUGAUAGCGCAAGAAGUAUGUCAAAUAGCCAAGUGGUGAAUCCCGCACUUACGAGAUCACCCCUAACGCCGUCUCUGACAUUCUCUCGAGUGCCAGUGAAACCAUCUGGCUCUCAAGUAUUAGAUACGAUAUUCAGUGGUAAUGCCGAUACUGCUUUAGCCACAUCUCGUACAGUGACUACGAUGGCUUCUAGUGCUUCUACAGCCAUGAGACAUAGACACUCGAGUUCCAUGAGUUCGAUUAGAAGCUCCAAUUCAUACAAAAAUAUCAAUUUGUCAACUUUGAAGAAGGGCUUACAAUUGAAACCGGGUGAAGGAGAACGCUCCAACUAUGUCUUAUCCAUACGAAGAAGCGGUGGAACAGCUUUUAACGAGACUGGUCCCGGUAAAUGGAAAUUGCCCACAGGUAUCCAGCCCGUUGACAAACACGUGUCUGGAGUUAAUGGCAGAUUCAUGAAGUCAGGUAUUAACUAUGGCAGAUUAAAGAAGGGAGGAAGUGGUGUAGAGUUAAAACAUGGCCAUUUACAACCUCGUUUGCUUGCUUCUGAAAUUGACGACAGAGACGACCUAGCCAUAACAUUAGAACAAAGUUUGGUAGGCAGCGGGAGUAAUGGACUCAGUAAAACAACAACAACUUCCGAUGUCAAGAGCUCCGAUUCCAGUAUAGCAGCGCCUUCUACUUCUAACUCUAUAUCGGCGCAAAACUCUCUCAAGCGGUCUACCACAGAAGCUUCGUAUGCUGCAGGAGAUUCUCUCAGCACAACUACCGAAUCCACGAGCGAACUGAAGAGAUCAUCCGUUUCUUCAGAUUCUUCUGGAAGUCUAGAUGAGAUUGGUGGUUUCUACCAGCAUCGUGGGUACAAAUAUAAUGAUCAGGAUGAUUGUGGGGAAGACGAAGAAAAUGAUACAGAGGUGGAAACCAACGGUAUAGGCUCAGAAAAGUUCCGUCCAAUUAUUGAUGAGGAAGAAGAGGAACGGCCACGGUUGGUUUUGGCAAAUCCCGAUUAUUCAAGCGAUAGUGAGUAA